AUGAGACGAUUUCACACCUUACCGAAAAUACCACAUAUACCAGAUGCGAAACAUCGUCGACAGCAAACGGGCGAUUUACAGACCAAUUUCGAUCCAUGUAAAAUUACACAGCUUUGCCAAAAUGGUGGUACAUGCGUGUCAAAAAAAGGAGCUUAUUACUGUCAGUGCCUUCCAACUCAUUAUGGCAAAACCUGCGAAUUUUUGGCCAACCAAACAAGCUGCGAGAAAAAUUUAUGUCAGAACGAUGCGACAUGUUACAGUAUCCAACAAAAGCGUCAGAUCGUGACUACUAUUGGAAAAAGCGAAACAAUGCAAAAUUUUACUGAUACAAAAGUGAUGCAGUGGGUUCGAUAUGAAUGCUGGUGCCGAGAGGGUUUCACGGGUUCACUGUGUGAAUAUUCGGAAGAAUUGCGCGAAUGUGAACAGGAUUAUUGCCUACAUAAAGGAGUGGGCAAAUUCGUGAACAUGACGGAUGGUACCGUAGAAUGUGAUUGCCAGUGUCAAGAGCAUCAUACUGGAAAAAGAUGUGAAAUCGUUUUGCCGUGUAAGGAUUACAUUUGUUUCAACGGUGGUAUCUGUGUGGACGAACUUCUCCUGAAUAGUACUGAUGGAGAAGUGACCUACAAAGCCAGAUGCAAUUGUCCGCCACGUAAUGUUUAUGGAGUGGUUGCCAACUUUGAAGGUGAACAAUGCGAACGAUUGACGGUUGUCGAUAAUGAAAGGGUCUAUGACGAAUGCUUCCCGUGCCGAAAGAACGCGAGGGAUUAUGCAGCUGAUUGUCUGGACGAGUAUACUCAGAAUGCGACACUGCGAUAUAUGGAAGAGGUUCUUGAAGCUUGCGGUAAACCAUGCGAAUCAGCAGCACGAUUUUGUCUCAACGGAGGUUUAUGCGAUGUCGAAGGGCGUCUUAGCGACGACAACACAUCUUAUAUAAUUCCUGUUUGUCAAUGCGUUGGUUUAGAUGAAGGAAUUCUUUGUGAAAGACAUGUAAACUCGCCAUGCGAUGCAACUGCGUAUGAUCCACGUACGCCCGAAGAAAAAUGUGGCGAGCACGGGGCCUGUGUUGGCAAGACGAUGCACGACUACGUAUGCGACUGUUAUGGUGGUUGGACCGGGGAAAAGUGUGACAUCGAAGAACCAUGCUACAACAACGCUUGUUCACCUGGUAGUCUGUGUGUUUCGGUACCGAUCGAACAGCGUGAGAAAUAUACCUUGGGCUAUACCUGUUUGUGUGAGAUAAAUCAGGAUCCCGACUUCACUGGCUCCAACAAUACGGUCAAGUGCAUAAAAACUGAUUUUGGCAUAUGUACCAAUCACAUGUGCAAGAACGACGGUCUUUGCUACCCCUGCAAUACAUCGGACCUCAACAAUUUACAGCUUUGCUCUGGGGAAGAGAAGCGUCGUGGAUUCAGGUGUUUAUGUCCACAUGGUCUACUAUCCCCAUUUUGCGAGAAAGAAGCAGAUGCAUGUGAUCGAAACAAAUGUCAGAAUGGAGCAGAGUGCGUCGUCGAUCGAGAAAACGAAUUUAAUUAUAUAUGUCGCUGCCGCCUUGGCUUCAGUGGUACAUUUUGCGAACAACAGUUAUCUCCGUGUAUAAUGCAAGGUUUACAAACUUGUAUGAUGGGUACUUGUAUACAAGACACCAGUUUUGUGCGCAGUUUCCGGUGCGAAUGUAUUGAUGGCUACGAGGGCGUCAAUUGCGAUUCACCCAAGAGAACUGAUGUUGCGGGCUUCAUUCGCAGAAAUUAUUGGUGGACAUAUCCGUUGAUCGUUGGACUAUUCCUUACACCAGUGGUUAUUAUUCUUAUUAUUUUAUCGGAAGACCGUGCUAAGCGAGAGUACGAGUACAAAUUAACCGAGAAGCAGUGCCUGGAAAAGGCUAAAGAGCGUCAGAAAAAGACAAAUGAAGAAAAAAACAUGUGUUUUGGAACUGCAGAAACGCAGACAAUGAGUAAUGGGACCGAGAACAGUAGCAGCAGCACUGGAGGAUAA